AUGCUUCCACUCAAAGAUACUGAAAUGCAUAACGAAACGAAUGAUGAACAGAAACAAGAACCGAUGGCUGAAGUGGAGGAUGAUGAACGAGGGCACAUUCUCGAGAUAUUCAAAGAAGCUGAAGUCAAUCUGACCAGCGAUCAAAUAGAGGCCCUACCUACCUGGUCUCAAGUCCAAGAAGUCGUAGGAACCCAUCCAUACAUUCUCAAUCUGGAAAGUUGUGCCAGAUAUCGCGAACUCGUUCCGCCAUUGGAACGCAUGUUGGGAUCGGCUGGAUCCUUCAAUACAGGAACCAAUCUUGUGACUCAUCUCUUGAAACAGAAUUGUGAAAUUCCCGAGCGAAGAGAAAAGUGUGGGCCUCAUGAGUCGAAGGAAUGUUAUGGCAUGCGAUGGCAAGUCCCUUGGGGCAAGCACACACCGGCAAAGUUUCGUAAUCAACAUGCCACUGAGAAAGCUCAGAAAAUCAAAAAGGAAUAUAUUCUACCAGUAGUGACAAUGCGAAACCCAUAUUCCUGGUUCAAAUCAAUGUGUCACAAUUCAUAUGCUGCUCGGUGGAGACAUGGGAAACAAGACACGAACUGUCCGAAGUUGAAGGAUCCAGACGUACAAAGGUGGAAUCCCGUCACGGUUCGCUACGGCGAGGGACGAGAAGACGACCACGCGUCAUUGGCGCACAUGUGGAACGACUGGUAUGGCUACUACCUGAACGACGCCGAUUAUCCAUAUGUCGUGGUUCGAAUGGAGGACUUGGUCUUUUAUCCAAAAGAAACCAUUCGGCAGGUUUGCGAAUGCGCAGGUGGUAAGAUUCGAACGGACCAGCCCUUCAAGUUUGUCGUCGAGUCGGCCAAGAAGGACAGCCCUGGGCAUGACAAGACUACUGGAAUCUACGAGGCAUGGAUCAAGUAUUCCAAACCGGCUCCAGCAAUGGGAGGUUUCGCCGAAGCGGAUUUUCUGGAUUCGCAAGAGGCUCUGAAUCGGACAUUGAUGAAGUUGAUGGGGUAUCGCCAUCCGCCAGCAGCAUAG